CUGGGCGGGCGGGGCCGGGCAAGAUGGCGGCGCCCGAGGGGAGGCAGUUACCGGAGAAACCGAGCCACAGAAAGUACCGAGCCGCCCUGAAGAAGGAGAAACGAAAGAAACGGCGACAGGAACUCGCUAGGCUCAGGGACUCAGGCUUUGCAGAAAAAGAUGAGGAAAAUUCCGUGGUUGAAGAUGAAGAACUGGAAGAAGAGAAACAAUUAGAAGCUGAAAGGCAAAAAUUACAUGAAGAGUGGUUGCUGAGGGAACAGAAGGCUCAAGAGGAAUUCAGGCUGAAGAAGGAGAAAGAGGAGGCAGCAAAAAGACGUCAAGAAGAAGAGGAGAGAAGAAUCAAGGAAGAAUGGGAAGAACAGCAAAGAAAAGAGAGAGAGGAAGAGGAACAGAAACUACAGAAGAAGAGAGACAGAGAGGAAGCUGUACAGAAGAUGCUGGAUCAGGCUGAAAGUCAGCUGGAAAACGGAGUCACGUGGCAUAAUCCAGAACCACCAGCAGAUGUACGGAUAACGGAGAAAGAUCGAGCUAAUUGUCCAUUCUACAUCAAAACAGGAGCUUGCAGAUUUGGAGACAGGUGUUCCCGUAAGCAUAACUACCCAACAUUGAGCCCAACACUCCUCAUCAGAAGUAUGUUUAUAACAUUUGGAAUGGAGCAGUGCAGGAGGGAUGACUAUGACACCGAUGCAAGUCUGGAGUACAGUGAGGAAGAAAUAUAUCAACAAUUCCUAGACUUCUAUGAGGAUGUGCUUCCUGAAUUCAAGAAUGUGGGAAAGGUUAUUCAGUUCAAGGUCAGCUGCAACUUUGAGCCUCAUCUACGGGGCAAUGUGUAUGUUCAAUAUCAGUCGGAAGAAGAGUGUCAGGAAGCCUUCUCUCUCUUCAAUGGAAGAUGGUAUGCCGGACGACAGCUUCAGUGUGAAUUCUGCCCAGUGACCCGCUGGAAAAUGGCUAUUUGUGGUUUAUUUGAAAGGCAAAAGUGCCCCAGGGGGAAGCACUGUAACUUUCUUCAUGUGUUCAGAAAUCCCAACAAUGAAUUCUGGGAAGCUAACCGAGACAUCCACAUGUCCCCGGACCGGACUAGUCAAUCCUUUGGCAGGAGCUCGGAGAGGAGGGACCGGCCGAGCCAUUACGAAGACUAUCACGGAAGGUCACGGAGAAGACGCAGCCCCAGUCCCGAUUAUUCUUAUAAAAGAAACGGGGAGUCGGAGAGAAAGAAGCGCAGCAGCCACAGGAGUAGUAGCAAGUAUCAUAAGAGCUCCUCGAGAAGCAGCGACAAGAGAAGUUCGCACAGCAGAGGGAGAAAGAGGGAUCGCAGCCGCAGCAGAAGCCGGAGGAGCCAGAGCAGGAGCCCUUCCAGGUCCAGGAGUCGGGACAGGAGGAGGUCAGCCAGCAGAGAGAGGAACCCGCAGAGUCCCAAAUCCAAGUAAAAACCUCUUGUAUUUGCACAGAAUUCUUUGUCACCACUUUUUAAUCUUCCUGGGCUGCUAAAAAGCCUUUACCACCCACACAGUAAAAACCUCAAACUAGUAGUCAGAUCCCCCAGAAUAGGGAAAAUCCUCAGAUUAUUGUGGACCCAAAGGUGGGCGGCACGUCACAGGAUCUGAACGACAGAGGUCUGUUCCGCGCUGGCUUUACCGAGGCGGCACGUGUGGGGUCGGAACUGCAUUUGGGCUUAAGAAAUAAAUUGUAUCAAUUUCAUUGGCUGUUGAAUAUACUCCUUGAAGGAGCGGUGAUAUCUUACAGUUGACUAGAGCAGAAGAGGGAGAAGCAUGGUGAAGGAUAGGAUUGCACUGCGGCUUAUAAUUGUCCUUGGGAGGAUAUUCUAUCAGUGCUACCGGCUGUGAAGAAGCAAGGCUGCUUUGGGAAGAGCAUUCUCAUACCAGGGGCUGCCUUGUAUCCCUCUGGUAAACUUCCCCUGGCCGGAAGCUUAGGUCUCAGGGUAGUCUAAAUCCGGGGAAACACUUAAAAAAUGCCUGCCAGAGGUUAGGUGACAUAAGCUGUAUCUAAACAACAUUAUCAGAGAUUCCGUCACUAAUAUCCAUUAUUUUGAAUGCAGAAUAGAAAGUAGUUGCAAAAACAUUCCACUACUAUCAAUUACUCUUUGAGAAUGUUUUGAGUCAUCAAUCUGGGUCCAACUACUGCAAGACCCAGAAAUAAUGUGUAAUAGUUUCCCUUUUCCUAGUGGAAUAUCAUUGCGUUAGUUUGAAAAUGGUUGCAAAUAACUUUGCCAGGCGAGACUUUUGGAGGUACAUAAUUUUGGUGUUCCAAGAUGAAUUGUAAUAUUCUGAAAAUGGGCAGUGCUCCCAGGCCUGGGAUUUACUACUGCUCUUGCCCUAGGCCAGCUUUUAAGUCUAAAACUCCUAAGAAAGAAGCUCGGGCCAAAGAGAUGAUUAAGUCAGAUAUUUUGAGCCGGUGGCACACGCUCUCCAGUGAAAGCAAUUCUUCAGACAGUACAGUAGCCAAGUCCAUUCAAGUCCCAUUGUGUACACAAGCCGCUAAAGAUGAAUGUGGAUCACAAAAGGGCAUGAGGGGCCGCUUCAGGGACAGUGUAGGUUUUUGGGGGGAUCUGAUGGAAUGAUGUCCGAUGCCAUGCUCCCACUCAACACGUGGAACUGUUCCGCUGCAGAGUGGAAAAUUGAGGUGUACAGUUAAUAUUUAUUUUGUAAAGUUGUACAGAGUUGCAGGGGACGUCAGUUCUACGUGUUGUAUUUUUAAUAAAGCCAGAAAGACCAUUGACACUUUAA